CCAGAGGCAAAAGGAAGGGUACAGGCACUGCCGCUGAGAGGAGAUCGAGAGGCAGGGGGUGCACUUGACAACGAGCAUGCAGAGAUGUCUGAAGAGGCAGAAGUGGAUGUGAGAGACAGACACACACAGAGACACAGAGAACGAAAGAGGGCAAGAGACUUGACUUUAAAAGACUCCUGCACUGACAACUCCAUGCAGUUCGGAACAAGAACGGCAGCGACCGACUCUGGUUUCAUGGGGACAUGGCAGAACACUGACACUAACCUCUUAUUCAGAAUGUCCCAACAGGCCAUCCGCUGUACGCUGGUGAAUUGCACAUGUGAAUGUUUUCAACCAGGGAAGAUUAACCUGAGAACCUGUGAUCAGUGUAAACAUGGCUGGGUGGCACAUGCCUUGGACAAGCUUAGUACUCAGCACCUCUACCACCCAACCCAAGUGGAGAUUGUGCAGUCCAACGUUGUGUUUGACAUCAGCAGCCUGAUGCUUUACGGUACUCAGGCUGUGCCUGUGCGACUGAAGAUACUACUUGAUCGACUCUUCAGUGUACUGAAGCAAGAGGAGGUGCUGCAUAUUCUACACGGUUUAGGCUGGACACUUCGAGACUAUGUUCGAGGUUACAUCCUUCAGGAUGCUGCAGGCAAGGUGCUGGACCGCUGGGCCAUCAUGUCCAGGGAAGAAGAGAUCAUUACUCUUCAACAGUUCCUGAGAUUUGGAGAGACCAAAUCCAUUGUGGAGCUGAUGGCAAUUCAAGAAAAAGAAGGGCAGGCUGUAGCUGUGCCAUCUUCAAAGACAGAUUCAGAUAUAAGGACUUUUAUUGAAAGCAAUAAUCGCACCAGGAGCCCAAGUCUCCUCGCUCAUUUGGAGAACAGCAACCCUUCCAGCAUUCAUCAUUUUGAAAACAUCCCAAAUAGCCUUGCAUUCCUACUUCCAUUCCAGUACAUAAAUCCAGUCUCUGCUCCACUGUUGGGGCUGCCUCCUAAUGGCCUCCUGCUGGAACAGCCAGCAAUGAGGCUCCGUGAACCAAACCUGACAACCCAGAAUGAGUAUAAUGAAAGCAGUGAAUCUGAAGUUUCCCCUACCCCUUUCAAGAACGAGCAACCGUCCAGCAGGAAUGCUUUGACCAGCAUCACAAAUGUUGAGCCCAAAACUGAGCCACCUUGUGUUUCACCUGUUCAGACACCUACACCUGUCAAUGAUUUGUCAAAAACAGAACACACCAAAAGUUCAUUCCGCAUUCACAGAAUGAGGAGAAUGGGGUCAGCCUCCAGGAAAGGAAGAGUGUUUUGCAAUGCAUGUGGCAAAACUUUCUAUGACAAAGGUACUCUUAAAAUCCACUACAAUGCUGUUCACCUCAAGAUCAAGCACCGGUGCACUAUUGAGGGCUGUAACAUGGUCUUCAGCUCUCUCAGAAGCCGCAAUCGACACAGUGCUAACCCGAAUCCCCGCCUCCACAUGCCUAUGCUAAGGAAUAACCGUGACAAAGAUCUAAUUCGUGCUACAUCAGGUGCUGCCACACCUGUCAUAGCAAGUACAAAAUCCAACCUAACGUUAACAAGCCCUGGACGUCCACCAAUGGGGUUUACCACUCCCCCUCUAGAUCCUGUUCUACAGAACCCUCUUCCCAGUCAGCUAGUGUUCCCAGCUUUAAAGACUGUUCAACCUGUUCCUCCUUUUUACAGAAAUUUACUUACUCCUGGAGAGAUGGUGAGUCCUCCAACCUCACUCCCUACAAGUCCAAUAAUACCAGCAGUGAGUGGUAUGGAGCAGCAUCCCCCUCCUCCUUCAGAGUCAUCAGUACCUUCAGUGCUGAUGCCCACUCCAGAGCCUAAUGCUGACCUUGCCCCUAAGAAGAAGCCAAGGAAGUCGAGCAUGCCAGUUAAAAUUGAAAAGGAAGUUAUUGAUACUGCUGAUGAGUUUGAUGAUGAAGACGAGGAGGUGAAUGAUAGCAGUGCAAUGGUGAAUGACAUUGGUCAUGACGAUCACUGCCAUUCUCAGGAAGAAAUGAGCCCAGGCCUGUCUGUGAAGGAUUUUUCCAAAAGUGACAGAAGCAGAUGCAUUUCCAGGCCAGACAUAAGAAGGGCAGACAGCAUGACUUCAGAGGACCAAGAGCAUGAGAGAGACUAUGAAAAUGAGUCAGAGUCAUCAGAGCCCAAAUUGUGUGAGGAAUCCAUGGAAGGCGAUGACCGCCUCCAUGAACCUAGUGAAAAAUCCAUGAUGCACAGUGACAGACCAGAUGAAAACCACAAUGACUCUUCCAACCAGGAUGUCAUUAAAGUGAAGGAAGAGUAUGCAGACCCUACAUAUGAUAUGUUCUAUAUGAGCCAAUAUGGAUUGUACAAUGGAGGCAGUGCCAGUAUGGCUGCCCUUCAUGAAAGCUUUGCAUCUACAUUCAACUACAGCAGUCCUCAGAAGUUCUCACCAGAAGGUGAAAUGUGCUCCAGCCCAGACCCCAAGAUCUGCUAUGUGUGCAAGAAAAGUUUCAAGAGUUCCUAUAGUGUGAAACUUCACUACAGAAAUGUUCAUUUAAAAGAGAUGCAUGUCUGCACAGUGGCUGGCUGUAACGCCGCAUUCCCAUCACGAAGAAGCAGAGACAGACACAGUGCUAACAUAAACCUGCACCGUAAACUGUUGACCAAAGAACUGGAUGACAUGGGCCUGGACACCUCACAGCCUUCUCUUAGUAAGGACCUCCGUGAUGAAUUUUUGGUGAAGAUAUAUGGCACUCAGCAUCAAAUGGGGCUCGACAUAAGGGAAGACACCUCCUCACCUGCUGGUACUGAGGAUUCCCAUAUGAAUGGGUAUGGCAGGGGCAUGUCAGAAGACUAUAUGGUCCUUGAUCUGAGCACCACCUCCAGCAUCCAGUCCAGCAGCAGUAUCCAUUCCUCAAGAGAAUCUGAUGUAGGAAGCGAUGAGGGCAUUCUCCUGGACGACGUUGAUGGGGCAAGUGACAGCGGGGAAUCUGCACACAAAGCAGAUACCUCUGCCUUAGCUGUAGGUAUGAACACUGAUGUCCCAGGAUCCCUCAUGUUCAGCAGUGUUUCAGUGAGCAACGGUGGGAUAAUGUGUAACAUUUGCCACAAAAUGUACAGCAACAAGGGAACCCUCAGAGUACACUAUAAAACAGUGCACUUGCGAGAAAUGCACAAAUGCAAAGUCCCUGGGUGCAACAUGAUGUUCUCCUCUGUCCGUAGCCGAAACCGGCACAGUCAGAACCCCAAUCUCCAUAAAAACAUUCCCUUCACUUCAGUAGAUUAGU